GUUCUCACACAGUGUUUUCAAUUUCUCCCUGCAGUCAGGUGCCAGUGCUGGGAUAUGGUGUUCAAAGCAUAUUUUCCGAACUGCCUUAUGGACCUUCUUUGAUACGGACUCAUUAUUCAGAAACGAUCCUUGGUGACUUUCAAAGAAAUGGAGAAUAAUUUCACCAUUUUGGACUGUGAACUGCCUAUCAACCAUAAUUACAGUAGUAUCUUUGGAUCAAUAGACCUGCCAGAAUGGGAGGCUUACCUCACGAUUAUAACUUUAUCCUUUAUAAUUUUUUUGACAAUUGUUGGAAACAUUCUUGUUGUAUUGAGCGUUUUCACAUAUAAGCCACUAAGAAUUGUACAAAAUUUUUUCAUUGUUUCGCUUGCUGUGGCAGAUCUCACUGUCGCCAUUCUAGUUAUGCCUUUAAAUGUUGUUUAUAUAAUUCUAGGCCGAUGGGUUUUUGGCAUCCACGUUUGUAAGAUGUGGCUCACUUCUGACGUUCUUUGCUGUACUGCUUCCAUUCUUAAUUUAUGUGCCAUCGCUCUGGAUCGUUUUUGGGCGAUCACUGAUCCUAUAAACUAUGCUCAAAAGAGGACGGUGAAGAGAGUGCUCAGUCAAAUAGCUGGAGUCUGGAUUUUAUCAUUAAUGAUCAGCUCACCCCCUUUAAUCGGCUGGAACGAUUGGCCUAGUCCUGAAGAAUUUCAAAUUCAACAAACCUGUAAGCUUACAGAGCGUAGAGGUUAUGUUGUUUAUUCUUCAUCAGGUUCUUUUUUUAUUCCACUCCUAAUAAUGUCGAUAGUUUACUUAGAGAUAUUCAUAGCAACUAGAAGAAGACUAAGAGAAAGAGCAAAAACGUCAAAACUCAACGCAGUCGCCAAACUCAAGAAUCAAACUACUUCUAUUGAAAACAAAGAAUUAAAUCCAGACAGAGAGUCCGCUAGUAGCGAAACCAAUCAGAAUGAGCAACAUGAUGUUGAGGCGAAUUCGAAAAAUAAAUCGAAACUGAAUAAAAAAAAGAAGAAAAAGAAAAAUGAAAACUUCAAAUCUUUAAACGAUGGGAGUUUGAAACCAAUACUGAUUCACGACGACUCUUUCACAGAAAAUCCAUAUUCUUCUCUUUCUCGUAAAAACUCUAACGUUUGUGAUACUAUUGCAGCGAAAGAAUCGAGCAGUUCAACAAUUGUUCAAUGUUCUCAACUCAGUACUUCGAAGAAUUUUUCGAAAGCAAUAGAACGGGAUGUCCGAAAACCUGGCAUCAUAUACCAAUUCAUUGAAGAAAAACAGAAAAUUUCACUCUCGAAAGAGAGGAGAGCUGCUAGAACACUAGGAAUCAUUAUGGGAGUUUUUGUUUUUUGUUGGCUUCCGUUUUUUUUGAUGUAUGUUAUCGUUCCUUUUUGCGAAAGUUGUUGUCCGCCGUCCAAAAAGAUGAUUAAUUUCAUCACAUGGUUAGGCUAUAUCAAUUCAGUUUUGAAUCCUAUAAUUUAUACUAUUUUCAAUCAAGAGUAUAGAAGAGCUUUCAGACGAUUACUUGGUUUGAAAUCAUAA